CAGCGGGAGCUACCCAAUCCAACUCCAGGUGGAAGUGAAUCCGCAACCUGAUUGGCCUGCUGGAGCAGCCAAUCAGGCGGCUGGCAGAAGUGAAUCUGCUACCUGAUUGGCCUGUAGGAGCAGCCAAUCAGGCUGCAGGCAGAAGUCAAUCCACAAUAUAAUUGGCCCACAGGUGUAGCCCUGAAGUAGCCAAUCACGCAAGGCCCAUUGUGUAAAUAAUGUAUAUAAGCAGAUGGUUUUGGGAAAAGAGCCAUUCGUCUUCUCUUCUCCUCCUUGAUGACUAUGAGCUGAAUAAAGAGCAUGAAAUUCACUCUCGACUCCGAGUAUAUUUCACUGGCGACGAAGGUGGGAUCCUGCUGAGCUGACCGCCACCACGCACUGCACCGCAGCACCGCCACCUGCUGCACCGCUGCAUCGCACCGUGCAUCCAGGCUUCAGCUCCAGGACCCAAGGAACCCAGAAUGGCAACCGACAGCAGCUUCUCGCCAUUCAAACCAGCAUCAGGAGACUGGGAAGGGUACGCCGCCCGUUUCAACUUCCUCCUGCAAGCGAAAGAAGUCACCAACGAUGCCAUGAAGAGGGCGACAUUCUUCAGCGUCUGUGGAGAGGAGACGUUUGAAAUCGCCCGGGCUCUCCUUGCACCUAGAGAUGUCGCUACCGUCUCUUACAAAACAAUAAUGGAACGGCUGAAGGAGCACUUCUCACCACAGCCCUCGGUGGUAGCUUGCCGAAAUGCCUUCUACGCAAAGCGGCAAGCCCCGGGGGAAACCAUAACUGGGUUUGUGACCUCCCUCCGCCAAGCCGCCCGGUUAUGCAACUUCUCAGAAUUGGAGAACAUGCUUCGUGACCGCCUCGUCGGUGGCCUGAGGGACGAGAUGUUGCAACGACGCCUCUACGCCAAAAAAGACCUCACGUUCCAGAUUGCUCUGGAGGAAGCCCUGGCAACCGAAGCCGCCGAGAGGUCAACGCAAGAGGCACGACCGGCCCCGCCAUCCCAACCGAGGGUCUACCACGAAGACCUCACCGACGAAUCCGAAUCUGACAGGGAGGAAGUACACCGAGUACAGCGGCGCACUCAAGCAGCACACACACCACAGCAGCCUCGACGAGAAGGAGGGAACUGUGCAAGCUGCGGGGAGAACCACGAGAGGAGGACCUGUCGUUUCCGCAACGCAGAGUGCAGGCAGUGCAGAAAAUUGGGACACAUCGCCCGGGUGUGUCGGGCUCGACUCACCCGUCGACAAGCAUCAGAUGACCGACCCAGGAGCCCCAGGUCACACGGCACCAUGCACCAAGGCAACUCGACGGAGAUCACGGACUACCAGGUAUUCCAGUUGCCCCAUCCCAGCACAGAGAAAAUUUAUAUAGAGGUACAGAUAGAGGGAGCCCCAUGCCGCAUGGAGCUGGACACGGGUUCAACUCUAUCCAUAAUCUCGGCCCGAACAUUAAGGGAACUGUGCCCUAAUGGGGGUCCCAAACUAAGGCCGGCCCCAUUCACCCUCCGGGACUUCCAGAAACGUAAGGUCCCUACUAUGGGGGUGGGGACCUUCAGGGUGCAAUAUCGAGGGCGAAAGCAACAAUUGGACUUGCUGGUAGUUAAGGGCCCCUACGUUAGCUUACUGGGACUGGCAUGGUUUGGACCUCUGGGGCUAGCCGUUACCGGGGUGAACCGCACUAGCUUACAAGUGGACGUGGACGCCAUAUGCAAAGAGUUUCCAGGGGUUUUCGAUGGGGCAUUGGGACGAUAUACAGGACCCCCCAUUGCCCUACAGCUAGACCCCGCUGUACGACCCAUCAGACACAAGGCCCGCCGGGUCCCGUUCGCCCUGAAACCCCGCAUAGACGAGGAAUUGGACCGGCUCGUGGAGCAAGGAGUGCUGGAGCCGGUGCCCAACGCCCCCUGGGAAACUCCAAUUGUCACACCCGUCAAGCCUAACGGUUCGGUCCGCAUCUGUGCAGACUACAAAUGCACCAUAAACAAGGCUCUCACGGCCCAUGCAUACCCAGUGCCAGUGGUCAGCCAUGUCCUCGCCACCCUGGCUGGGUCAAAAAUCUUUGGCAAACUGGACUUGGCCCAAGCGUAUCAACAGUUGCCUGUGGACGAAGCCACAGCAGAGGCUCAGACGAUUGUGACGCACAGAGGGGCAUUCAGAGUAAAGCGGCUGCAAUUUGGCGUUAGCGUGGCACCAGGCAUAUUCCAGAAUCUAAUGGACUCUCUCCUUAAAGGGAUUCCUGGCGUCACCCCCUUCUUCGAUGAUGUACUGAUCGCCGGGCCCACACCAGAGGAAUUUGAGGACCGCCUCCGCUCCGUCCUGCACCGUUUCCAGACGGCGGGCCUCAAGGUGAAGCGGGAAAAGUGUUUACUGGGAGUGCCGCAGGUGGACUUUCUGGGAUUUAAGGUGGACGCAGAAGGGGUCCAUCCAACCGGUGACAAGGUACGGGCCAUUUGUGAGGCCCCAGCGCCCAAGAGCAAGCCCGAACUUCAGUCAUUCUUGGGACUAUUGAACUUUUACCAUGCCUUCCUUCCCCAUAAGGCAGCGGUAGCGGAGCCCCUACACAGACUCCUAGAUAAAAGGGCCCCUUGGGUGUGGGGCCAGCGACAAAGGGCCGCAUUCCAGGCAGUCAAGGACUUGCUCGUCUCGAACUCGGUCUUAGCACACUUCGACGAGAGGCUGCCAGUGGUGCUGGCAUGCGACGCCUCUCCCUAUGGCAUCGGCGCUGUCCUGGGACACCAACUCCCGGAUGGAAGAGAGGUGCCGGUGGCAUACUUCUCCCAGACGCUUGCUGCAGCCGAACGAAACUACUCACAGAUUGACAAGGAGGGUCUGGCAAUCGUGAAGGGCGUAAAAAAAUUCCAUGAUUUCUUGUACGGGCGGCCCUUUACCAUAGUGACUGACCACAAGCCGUUGCUUGGCCUGUUUGCCCCUGAGAAGCAGACUCCCGAAGUGUUGUCUCCACGUGUCCUCAGGUGGUCAAUUUUCCUUGCCGGCUACCAGUAUGCACUAAUCCACCGCCCUGGGAAGGCGAUGGGCCACGCAGACGCCCUCAGCAGGCUACCACUACCAGAAACAGGCCCCGACCCAGCGCCUGCACAAGAGGUUAUGACCCUGGAGCUGCUUCCCGACCGACCCAUUCAGGCACAAGAAGUUGCGCACCAUUCCACAAAAGAUAGGGUCAUCUCCCGGGUCCUGGACUGGGUGUGGCGAGGAUGGCCCAGCAGCAGCCCCGGGCCAGAAUUCGCUGGCUACACAAACCGCAAACAUGAACUGUCGGCCCACAAGGGGUGCCUGUUAUGGGGAAGCAGGGUUGUUGUUCCCCAGCCCCUCCGCAAAAGGGUCCUCACAGCCCUACACGAGACACACCCAGGGGUAGUGAGGAUGAAGGCCCUUGCCAGGAGUUAUGUGUGGUGGCCGGGGAUUGACAGAGAGAUAGAGGCCUGGGUCCAACACUGCCAGACCUGCCAAGAAUCCCGCCCGGAUCCCCCAAGGGCCCCAGUCCAGCCCUGGGAGUCCGCCCGACAUCCAUGGUCACGCUUGCACGUGGACUUCGCUGGCCCCUUCCAGGGAAAAACAUUCUUCAUAGUGGUGGAUUCCUACACCAAAUGGCUGGAGGUCGCACUGGUACCAUCCACUUCUACGGCGGCAGCCAUCCGGGUACUACGUAAGCUGUUUGCGACCCACGGGCUCCCUGACACCCUCGUCUCGGACAAUGGAACCGCAUUCACGUCAGAGGAGUUCCAGACCUUCACAGCGCAGAACGCCAUCCGCCACAUCCGCUCAGCACCAUUCCACCCUGCCACCAAUGGCCAAGCGGAGCGCAUGGUGCGGACCACCAAGGACAGCCUCCGCCGCAUGACACAAGGGGACUGGGAAUACCGCCUUGCCACAUUUCUUCUAGCACAGCACAGCACCCCAAGCACAACGACGGGCCGGAGCCCAGCUGAAUUACUAAUGGGCCGGCGCCUUGCAACUAGACUGGACCGACUUCACCCCGACAGAGCUCAGGAUGAGGUAGUGGUGGGGAAAGGCAGGAACCCCCGGACAUUUGUGGCCCAGGACCCAGUGUAUGCAAAGAAUUUUGGGGCAGGCCCAGCAUGGGUACCCGCCACAGUCACCAAGGUGACCGGUCCCGUGUCGUACGAGGUACUAACGGAAGGGGGGCAAUGUUGGCGCCGCCACUGCGACCAGCUACGGCGACGAUUCCCAGGAGGAACCCGGGAGGAGAGCGGGACAGAGGGGUCCCAAGGGGACAGCAGGGCAGUGAGGCCUGUAGAGCGAGAGAGGUGGGCAGGGGAAGCAGAAGCAGUAGGCACAGAGGGGCGCCCCGAGGCUGGAAGGACACCGGAACCAGAGCUACAACCUAGUGGUUCAGUGGCGCCAGACCAGACAGCCCCGGCACAGCCAGCAGCCUCGGAACACGGGCCAGAACCAGAACCCCUGACCAAGGAACACCCCAGGCCACAACGCACACGGAGGCGGCCAGCAGACCUUGGGGACUACGAAUGCAACUUCCCGGGCAGGACUGGAACUUAGAGGGGAGGGGUGUUAUGUACUGAGCUGAAUCCUAGAACAAUAGGAUUCAGAAUCAGCGGGAGCUACCCAAUCCAACUCCAGGUGGAAGUGAAUCCGCAACCUGAUUGGCCUGCUGGAGCAGCCAAUCAGGCGGCUGGCAGAAGUGAAUCUGCUACCUGAUUGGCCUGUAGGAGCAGCCAAUCAGGCUGCAGGCAGAAGUCAAUCCACAAUAUAAUUGGCCCACAGGUGUAGCCCUGAAGUAGCCAAUCACGCAAGGCCCAUUGUGUAAAUAAUGUAUAUAAGCAGAUGGUUUUGGGAAAAGAGCCAUUCGUCUUCUCUUCUCCUCCUUGAUGACUAUGAGCUGAAUAAAGAGCAUGAAAUUCACUCUCGACUCCGAGUAUAUUU